AUGCCUUCCCUCCACAAUUCUAAUGAAUUGAUUUUUUUUGUGAAUGGAAGAAAGGUGAAAGAAGAAAAUGCUGAUCCAGAAGUAAAUCUGCUGUUCUACCUGAGGAAAGUCCAUAUCCUUAUCUUUUAUUGUAUCCAUCUCACAGGUACUAAAUAUGCUUGUGGAGGAGGAGGCUGCGGUGCCUGCACAGUGAUGGUGUCAAGAUAGAACCCCAAGACCAAGAAGAUCCACCAUUACCCAGCUACAGCUUGCCUGGUACCCAUCUGCUCACUUCAUGGAGCUGCUGUCACUACAGUAGAAGGUGUUGGAAGCAUCAAGACCAGGAUUCACUCUGUGCAGGAAAGACUUGCCAAGUGUCAUGGUACACAGUGUGGAUUCUGCAGCCCAGGAAUGGUGAUGUCCAUCUACACGCUACUGAGAAACCACCCAGAGCCAACCCCUGAACAAAUAACUGAAGCUCUUGGAGGUAAUUUGUGCCGUUGUACUGGAUACCAACCAAUUAUAGAAAGUGGAAAAACUUUCUGUGUGAAAGCAACUGUUUGUCAACUGAAAAGGUCAGGAAAAUGCUGCAUGGAUCAAGAAGAGAGAUCUUUUCUGAAUAAACCAGAAAAGAUAUGCACAAAACUGUAUAAUGAAGAUGAAUUCCAGCCCUUGGAUCCAUCCCAGGAGCCUAUAUUCCCUCCUGAGCUGAUAAGAAUGGCAGAAGAUCCAAACAAGAGAAGGCUGACAUUCCAAGGGGAGAGGACCACGUGGAUCAUGCCUGUGACUCUGGACGACGUUCUGGAGCUGAAAGUCAACUUCCCCGAAGCCCCCCUCAUCAUGGGGAACACUGUAGUGGGACCCAGCAUAAAAUUCAAAGAUGCAUUCUAUCCAGUUUUUAUAUCUCCACUUGGGCUUCCACAACUACACUUUGUGGACACCACAGAUGAUGGAGUGACAAUAGGUGCAGGGUACAGCCUGGCCCAGCUGACUGAUGCCUUACUCUUUACUGUUUUGGAGCAACCAGAAGAAAAGACUAAGACCUAUCGUGCUCUCCUGAAGCAUCUGAGGACAUUUGCAGGAGCUCAGAUUAGGAAUAUGGCAACUUUAGGAGGACAUGUGGUGAGCAGGCCUAAUUUUUCUGACCUAAAUCCCAUUUUAGCAGCAGGAAAUGCUACCAUCAAUCUGAGGUCCAAAGAAGGAAAACGACAGAUUCCUUUAAAUGGCCAUUUCCUUGAGAAAUUACCUGAAGCCGACCUUAAAUCAGAAGAGAUUGUGUUAUCUGUUUAUAUUCCCUACUCUACUCAGUAUUUUUUUGUCUCUAGUGGGAUUUUUGUUUCAGGACUCCGGCUGGCCCAACGUCAAGAGAAUGCCUUUGCCAUUGUUAAUGCCGGGAUGAGUGUAAAGUUUGAAGAGGGCACAAACACAAUCAAGGACCUUAAGAUGUUUUAUGGAGGCGUGGCUCCCACCGUUGUCUCUGCAAAUCAAACCUGUAAGCAGCUCAUUGGGAGCGGGUUUUCAGGAUCGGAGUACACUUUCCAAUUCACUCGUGCAGACAGCUGUUCCAUCUGGUUGGCUUUCCUGAUAUGGGAGUGGUGUAUCCAGCAAACCCUCAUCCUCAGCUUACUCUUCAAAUUCUACCUCAAAGUACAGCAAGGACUGAAUAAAAUCGAUCCCCAGAAGUUCCCUGAUAUCCCAGAAAAGUUCAUGAGUGCGCUAGAAGAUUUUCCUAUAGAGACACCCCAAGGACUUCAGAUGUUUGAGUGUGUGGAUCCCCACCAACCCCCACAAGAUCCAGGUGGCCACCCAGUCAUGCACCAGUCAGCCAUUAAACAUGCCACAGGAGAAGCUGUAUUUUGUGAUGACAUGCCCCCCAUCGCCCACGAACUCUUCCUGGCUGUAGUCACCAGCACCAGAGCACAUGCGAAAAUCAUGUCAAUUGAUACUUCAGAAGCCCUGGCAUUUCCAGGUGUUGUAGAUAUUAUAACAGCAGAGGAUGUUCCGGGAGAUAACUAACUUGGAGAGGUUUUCUAUGCACAGAAUAAGGUCAUUUGUGUGGGUCAGGUUGUCUGCACCGUGGCUGCAGAUACCUAUGCUCAUGCAAAAGAGGCAGUUCAGAAAGUGAAGAUCACCUAUGAGGACAUAGAACCAAGGAUUAUAACAAUAGAGCAAGCCCUAGAGCACAAUUCAUUUCUUUCUGUUGAGAAAAAAAUUGAGCAAGGAAAUGUGGAACAAGCCUUUAGAUCUGUUGAUCAAAUCAUUGAAGGUGAGGUCCAUGUUGAAGGACAAGAACAUUUUUACAUGGAACAAACUAUCCUGGCCAUCCCCAAACAAGAAGAUAAGGAAAUGAUGUUAUACCUCGGAACACAGUUUCCAAGUCACGUGCAGGAAUUUGUGGCUGCAGCACUAAACGUCCCAAGGAGUAGAAUCGCCUGCUGCAUGAAACGAGCUGGUGGAGCCUUUGGAGGGAAAGUGUCCAAGCCAUCGCUGCUGGGAGCUAUCACUGCCGUGGCUGCCAAUAAACUUGGCCGCCAAAUCCGAUUUAUUCUAGAGCGUGGUGAUGACAUGCUGAUAAUUGCUGGCCGCCAUCCACUCCUGGGCAAAUACAAAAUUGGAUUCAUGAACAACGGUGUGAUCAAAGCUGCUGAUGUUGAAUAUUACGUCAAUGGCGGAUGCACUCCUGAUGAGUCUAAGAUGGUAGUGGAGUUCCUUGUGCUGAAAUCUGAAAAUGCAUAUUAUAUUCCUAAUUUCCGGUGCCGGGGUAGAGCUUGCAAAACAAAUUUGCCGUCUAAUACAGCCUUUCGAGGAUACGGCUUCCCCGAGUCUGUGGUGGUGGUCGAAGCCUACAUAACUGCGGUGGCAUCCCAGUGUAACUUACUCCCUGAGAAGGUUAAAGAAAUAAACAUGUAUAAAAAGAUUAGCAAAACGGCCCAUAAGCAGAAAUUUAAUCCAGAGCCCUUGCAAAGAUGCUGGAAAGAAUGUUUGGAGAAGUCUUCAUUCUAUGACAGGAAAGUGGCUGCAGAGGAAUUUAACAAAAAGAAUUACUGGAAGAAGAGAGGUCUUGCUGCAGUGCCCAUGAAAUUUACCAUUGGCAUCCCCAUGGCCCAUUACAGUCAGGCUGCUGCUCUAGUGCACAUCUAUCUAGAUGGCUCUGUCUUGGUGACUCAUGGUGGCUGCGAAAUGGGACAAGGACUUUACACCAAAAUGAUUCAGGUGGCUAGUCGAGAACUGAACAUCCCCCAGUCAUACAUACACUCAUCUGAAACCAGCACAGUCACAGUGCCCAAUGCUGUCUUCACAGCAGGGUCGAUGGGGACAGACAUCAACAGGAAGGCUGUGCAGAAUGCUUGCCAAAUUCUUAUGGACCGCCUUCAGCCCAUCAUCAGUAAAAACCCUAAGGGGAAAUGGGAGGACUGGAUUGCAAAAGCCUUCCAAGAAUCCAUCAGUCUCUCAGCUACUGGAUAUUUCAAAGGCUACCAGACCAACAUGGACUGGGAGAAGGAGGAAGGUGACGCGUUCCCAUAUUACGUUUAUGGAGCAGCCUGCUCUGAGGUUGAGGUUGACUGUCUGACCGGAGCUCAUAAGCUCUUGAAGACUGAUAUCUUCAUGGAUGCUGCUUUUAGUAUAAACCCAGCCCUUGACAUUGGACAGAUUGAGGGAGCAUUUAUCCAAGGCAUGGGAUUUUACACCAUAGAAGAACUGAAAUACUCUCCGGAAGGUGUGCUUUAUUCUCGGGGCCCGGAUGACUACAAAAUCCCCACUGUCACUGAGAUUCCAGAGGAGAUCUGUGUCACCUUGGUGCAUUCCCAAAACCCCAUAGCCAUCUACUCUUCCAAGGGCUUGGGUGAGGCUGGAAUGUUCCUGGGAAGCUCUGUGUUUUUUGCCAUAAAUGAUGCAGUGACUGCUGCCCCCAGAGAGAGAGGAUUCACCAAGACCUUCACCUUGAGCAGCCCAGCAACUCCUGAGUUAAUUCGGAUGACCUGUGUGGAUCAGUUUACUGACAUAAUUCCCAGAGAUGACCCUUCAACAUUCACACCUUGGUCAAUCCAUGUGUCUUAA